AGAGUCGGUGCGGGUGGCGCGCUCAGAGUACGCGCGCCGGCGACCAUGGUGUUCUCCCGGCAGGAGCGAGUACUUUAAUCCCGGGAGGCGGCGGCAGCAGCAGCAGCGGCAGCGAGGGAGCCACCCUCGAGCGGGCGGGCUCCUGCCUGAGGAAAGGGAGGAAGGGGCGGAGAGAGCGCCGGAGGGAGGCCGGUCUGCCAGCGAAGCGCCGAGCGGGGCCCGCCGGUCCAUGAGGAGGCCCCGGGACCAUGGGCUCCAGGAUCAAAGCGGGAACCGCUGACAUGACGAGGAGGCUCCCUCUGCGGGAUGUACCCCAGAAAACGGUCGUACAGCUACUGGGAGGAAGGAGAUCCCCGGAAGCAGAACCCAGAGACUACAUUUGAAGUGUAUGUGGAAGUGGCAUAUCCUAGGACAGGUGGCACUCUUUCAGAUCCUGAGGUGCAGAGGCAAUUCCCGGAGGACUACAGUGACCAGGAAGUUCUACAGACUUUGACCAAGUUUUGUUUCCCCUUCUAUGUGGACAGCCUCACAGUUAGCCAAGUUGGCCAGCACUUCACUUUCGUGCUCACUGACAUUGACAGCAAACAGAGAUUUGGGUUCUGCCGCUUAUCUUCAGGGGCCAAGAGCUGCUUCUGUAUCCUAAGCUACCUCCCCUGGUUCGAAGUGUUUUAUAAGCUCCUUAACAUCUUGGCAGAUUACACAACAAAACAACAGGAAAGUCAGUGGAAUGAACUUCUGGAAACUCUGCACCGACUUCCCAUCCCUGACCCUGGAGUGUCUGUUCAUCUCAAUGUGCAUUCUUAUUUCACUGUGCCUGAUACCAGAGAGCUUCCCAGCAUACCUGAGAAUAGAAAUCUGACAGAAUAUUUUGUGGCUGUGGAUGUGAACAACAUGUUGCAUCUGUACGCCAGCAUGCUGUAUGAGCGCAGGAUCCUCAUCAUCUGCAGCAAACUCAGCACCGAGAUGGGGUUCUGCUCCCAGCCAGAAGGCACUCUGGUAGUACCAGCAUCCUCAUUUGCUUCAUGGAUUGUCUCUGGAGUUGAAGAUACUGAGCAGGCAGGAGUUGGGCUCAACCCUUUGUCUCUCCAGAUUCCGAAUUUGAAGCUAACUGCCUGUAUCCAUGGCUCAGCAGCCAUGCUCUACCCCAUGUACUGGCAACACGUGUACAUUCCGGUGCUGCCCCCACACCUGCUGGACUACUGCUGUGCUCCCAUGCCCUACCUCAUAGGAGUCCAUUUCAGUCUAAUGGAGAAGGUCAGAAACAUGGCCCUAGAAGAUGUUGUGAUCUUGAACGUGGACACUAACACCCUGGAAACCCCUUUUGAUGACCUCCAGAGCCUCCCAAAUGAUGUGAUCUCUUCCCUGAAGAACAGGCUGAAGAAGGUCUCUACAACCACAGGCGAUGGGGUGGCCAGAGCCUUUCUCAAAGCCCAGGCUGCUUUCUUUGGCAGCUACAGGAAUGCACUGAAAAUUGAGCCGGAAGAACCCAUCACCUUCUGUGAGGAAGCCUUCGUGUCCCACUACCGCUCUGGAGCCAUGAGGCAGUUCCUACAGAAUGCCACACAGCUGCAGCUCUUCAAACAGUUUAUUGAUGGCCGUCUAGACCUUCUCAAUUCUGGCGAAGGUUUCAGUGAUGUCUUUGAGGAGGAGAUCAACAUGGGCGAGUAUGCUGGCAGUGAUAAGCUGUACCGUCAGUGGCUGUCUACAGUGCGGAAAGGAAGCGGAGCAAUUCUGAAUACUGUAAAAACAAAAGCUAACCCAGCCAUGAAGACUGUCUACAAGUUUGCAAAAGAUCAUGCAAAAAUGGGAAUAAAAGAGGUGAAAAACCGCUUGAAGCAAAAGGACAUCGCCGAGAAUGGCUGUGUCUCCUCUGCAGAAGAGUCCCUGCCAAAGACCCUACCAUCCACACUGGAAGAGGCCAAGGACCCCAGACUUCGAGAAGACCGGAGACCUAUCACAGUCCACUUCGGUCAGCUACAAAGACUCCAUCCCUCUCGGCCACCGCCUCCCAAGAUCCAGCGCUCAAGGCCCGUACGGCCUCCUCGUCCGCAUGUUGUCAAGAGACCCAAGAGUAAUAUCACUGUGGAAGGCCGGAGGACAUCUGUCUCAAGCCCUGAGCACCUGGUAAAGCCCUUCCGACACUAUGCUGUUUUUCUCUCUGAAGACUCCUCUGAUGAGGAAUGCCGACGGGAAGAGGCCCCGAGCACCAGCUUCACUGAAAACCUUUUCUUCUCUGCUCCUUUUGAAUGGCCACAGCCAUACCGGACAUUGAAAGAAUCGGACAGCGCAGAAGGCGAUGAAACCGAGAGCCCAGAGCAGCUAGUGCGGGAGCUCCGGGGGCCUAUCCCUGCCCCACCUGACCGAGCUGCCAGCAUUGACCUUCUAGAAGAUGUCUUCAGCAGCCUAGACAUGGAGGCAGCACUGCAGCCACUGGGCCAAGCCAAGAGCUUGGAGGACCUCCGGGCCCCCAAAGACUUGCAGGAACAGCCAGGGAGCUUUGACUACCAGAGGCUGGACCUGUGCAGAAGUGAGAGGGGCCUUAGCAUGGCCGCAGCCUUGAAGCUUACUCAUCCAUAUACAAAGCUCUGGAGUCUGGGUCAGGACGACAUGGCCAUCCCCAGCAAGCCCUCCACCACCUCCCCUGAGAAGCCCUCAGCCCUGUUUGGUACUUCCCCAGCUCUGCCUCACAGACCCCAGAAGCAGGACGGCAUCCUGAACCCCAGCACUAAGGAAGAGGCUCCCACCCAAACUCCAGGCAGCAUCACCAUUCCCCGACCACAAGGCAGAAAGACCCCUGAGCUGGGCAUCGUGCCUCCACCACCCGCUGCCCGCCCAGCCAAGCUCCAGGCUGCUGGCGGCCCACUUGGUGACUCCUCUUCAGAGCAGCUCCAGAUGGACCAGCAAAGACAAGCUGCCCUGAGCCCAGCCCUAUUGCCAGGGCUGCUCCCCAGUGCUGUCCCCCAAGGCCCCAUAGAACUUCUGCAGCCACUCAGCCCAGCCCCAGGAGCUGCAGGCACAGGCAGUGAUGCCCUGCUUGCCCUUCUGGACCCACUUAACACAGCCUGGUCAGCUAACACCAUCCCACCACAUCCUGCCACCCCUAGUGCGGCUGCCUCAUUUACCCCCCAGCUCAACUUUCCUCUCACAGUGACACCCACCUCUUUUGCACAGCCACCACUCAAUCCCUUUGUCCCAUCUCUGCCAGUAGCUCCACCCACUAUGUCCCUGGGCUCUACUAUACCAGCCAGGCAUUUUGGGACACCUCCAGCGUCCCUGGGGCCAGCAUAUACACCUAGCAUCUUAUUGUCUGGUUCUGGCUUUUAUGGCCCUCACAGGUCGCAGCCCAACCUAUCUGCCCUCUCCAUGCCCAAUCUCUUUGGCCAGAUCCCCAUGGGUGCCCACCCUAGUCCCCUACAGCCACUUGGCCCCCCAGCUGUUGCCCCCUCCAGGAUCCGAACGUUGCCUCUGGCCCGCUCAAGUGCCAGAGCUGCUGAGGCCAAGCAGGGGUUGGCCCUGAGGCCUGGUGAACCCCCUCUGCUCCCUACCAGACCCCCCCAGGGUCUAGAACCAGUCCUACAGCCUUCUGCUCCUGCACAGGCCAGAGACCCCUUUGAGGAUUUGCUACGAAAAACCAAGCAAGAUGUGAGCCCGAGCCCAGCCCCAGCCUCCACCUCUGUGGAGCAGCUCCGCAGGCAGUGGGAGACCUUCGAGUGAGCAGGCCUAUGCCACCGUCCAGUGCCGUGCCUCCCUGUGUCCCAUUUCUGACCAGGUUCCACUGGGGCAAAAGGACUCUCGCUGCCCCCUCUCCUUCACAGCCCAUCUCUGAGACCUGACCCUGGAAAUGGUACCAUCCCACAAGAGCCACCUGCCCCCCACCUCAGCACCCUAUGUAGGGUUUGCAGUAGAGGUCAGCUGGGCCAACCAUAUCCCACCGCCUUCCUUCCAGUUACCCAAGAGUAGGCAAGAAGCUCAAGCCCUCUCUCAGGCCCAGUUCUCCUUUACCAGGCCCCGCCCCACAGGGCACAUGUCAGUAACACCCGUGUGAACACAUCUUUGGGGACGCAGGUGUUUGAGGGGCUAAAGUGGCCACUCCUGGGAUGACAUUUCCCUUUGGUGGGCAACUCCAAACAUCUCUAGCAAUAUACUCUUUCCUAACCACCAAACCUGAGUUGUUCCUGGAGGCCAGCGGUCUGGGGACCUGAGCUCCAAACCCAGCUCCAGCUAGCCCUUUUAGGGUUUGGGAACACCAGCAACUCCUGCUUAUAGGAGAAACCCACAAAUCUGAGUGUUAGCCCUCUGCCACCCUCAUACCUCUGGGCAUGUCAAUCAUAGCUCAGGCUCAGCCUCCUGCCACUUGGAGCGCUAUAGGCAGAGCUGGGCCACAGUGACCCAGAUUCCAACUCAAGGACAAAGCCUCCUGCCACAGACAAAGGGAGAGGCUCAGCUGUUUGAGCUCCUAGGUCAGGACCAGUUGGGGCUUGAGGGCCCCCCAGAUUCCCCAUGAAGUAAAUAAAUGUGACCUCUAAGCCUGAGACAAGUGGGGGCCUGGAAGCCAGCCCUUCCCAGUCUCCAGCUUCUCGCCAGCGCAGAAAUUCCUGAGGCCAAGUCACCAAAGUUAUGAAAUGUUUUGUUAUUGUUUCUUUGAUCUUGCUUUUCCUUCGUACCUUGUUGAUUUUGAUGAAUCUUGAAAAUUGAUUCCUUUCAAUAAAUCAAGGUAAAACACA